UGUGGAGCAAUAAGAGGGUGUGGCUUUUUUUUUAUACAGGGAGAAUAGAUAAGCUGAGUUUGCCUUGUAGAGAGGGGCAGGAGUCACAAUCCUGAACAGACAGCAGCUUACUUUCACUCUGCUGCGCUCUCUUUAACAAUCCAGCUGCACGUUUCCACUCACCCUCUCCCUCUCUCGUGUGUUCCUCCAGCAGUUUGAAGCAAGACUUUGAGGGGGGAGCAGCUUCCAGCACAGAGAAGAAGAAACACAAGUGGACAGCUCAAGAAAAAACUGCAACACGCAGCCAUGAAGGACAAAGUGAGGAGAGGUGGAGGAAGAAAUCAGGCCAAGGCUGAGGGAAUGAGCCUGACUGGUGAAAAGGGUGCCGCUGGUAUCAGGCAACAUGAGGAAACAUCGUUCCCCGUGAAGAUUCAGGGAGCAGGAGUGGAGCCAUUUGAGCUGCAGGUUCAUGGAUUUUGGCUCGUUCAAGAUGCAGUAAUGGCUCUGCUUUCGAGGGAUGAGGUGUGUCCACGUUCCAACCUAUCACUGGCGCUCGCUGGUACCACUCUGGAUCCCCUCGCAGAACUGCAAAGCCUCAAGGGGCUUAAACCAGGAGCCAUCCUCCGCCUGGUGGAAGAACCCUACACUGCCCGCUCAGCCAGGAUCCAUCUGGCUCGUGUGCUGGAGCUGCUGAGAGCGUCUGGACCUCAGGAUGCACUGAGAGAAGGACGCUCACCAAGCGUACUGGAGACACUCACACAUGCACAAACACCAGACUCUAGCUUACCGAAUGGAAAAAGCCUGAAGCGCUCUUUAAGCAACACAAAAACAGAAACAACCAACCAGGAUGGAGCUCCUCCCGAGUACCUCCUGCCUGGAUCCUCAGAGAGACCACUCAUGGCCCUGCUACCACACAGCUCCCAACCAGAGGCCCCCAGCUACUUGAGGGACUUGUCUCUUAGCUGCUGGAACCCAGUUCCAGGACACAGGAAGAUGCAGGGUGACUUCCUGUACAUCACUGCAGUGACAAUUGAGGGACGACGGUGUGAAAUUACAUCCUGUCCCAAAGGUUUCUUUCUCAAUAGGUCUACAGAAGAAAUGUUUGAUCCUCGUCCUACACAGUCUUCCCCAGUUUGUCACAGUCUCACUGAUCUGCUCUGUAACAUCAGCCCUGCCUUCAAACAAGCUAUGACCACACUCAGAAACAGGUCUCAGUUACCUCCAGUGGAGGUGAUGCCCACUCCCUACCACACCCUGAGCUGGCUUGGGCCUCCCUGUGCCUCCCGCACUCACAAAAACACCUUCAGCAGACUGGGAGUGGAAGAACAGCCAGCAACGCAGACUCCAGAUUGGAAUGAGGAGUUGCAAGUUGCCAGAAAUCUUCCACAAGGCAGCCUGGAGGAGAGGCUGCAGAGAGAGAGAGCUCUGCUUCAGGUGAACAGUGCAUUUGUUAGGGCUGUGAUGCAGGGUGCUGAAUCUGUUGUAGAUGGCUUUGUGGAGCCAGUGAAUGGAAACCCUGAGGACCCAGCUUUCCUGUGGGGUGGCCUGUUUAUGAGCCAGGGGGCAGCAAGCACAAUGUUUGGUGGAGACAGGGGUCGCAGGGCUGCUCAGAGGCUGGAGCUUCAAGGAGUGCAGGCCUACAAUGACAUCGAGGGGCUACAGGGGCUGCACACUCUCCCUACAGCCAUUGCAGACUACAGAGGAGUGCGACUGUCUGCUCAGGGUCUGGCCCCUGGGUUGGAAGGCUCAGAGCAGGAACAGGCUGCUUCUCCUGCCGCAAGAGGCUUGCUGUACGGGGUAAAUGCAGGACACCAAGAGUCCCCCCAACGCAGACGGCUGCUAGAGCUCUUGGCUCUGUCUGCCAAAUCACUUUCUCUCCAGAAACAUGUUGUCGUGUCACCCAACGGUCACAAGGUACCACUGUUCACUUCACUGGAUGCUCAAGGACUGUUGGGGGCUGAUGGGAGGUUCUACGUACUGGAUGUGUUCAGGACCUUCCCUGCUGAUGCCAACUUCUGCCCAGAGGUGGAGACGGAAGGUCAGUCACUCACUGGAGAAGAAGAGAGUAGCAAAAGCUGUGAAGAGGACAAGGAGAAGAAGGACUGUGUUAAAGAAGGUUGGCCAGAGAAUUAUCACAUGGACUCAGGGCUUCCAAAGAGCUUCCCUCAUGGACUCUGUAGACUGAGACCAGAGCUGAUGCAAGCCUUCAUCCAGCACAAACAUUGCCAGUUCACUCAGCAUGUCAGGGAGACUUUGGACGAGAAUGGAGGCUUUGAAGAAUGUGCAACAGCUUGUGACUCUCGAGCAACGCAGGCAGUACGAGCUGCUUGUAAAGAAGUGGGCUCAGUCAGCGACAUCAUCUUUGAGAUGCGCUUUAGCCCAAGUGUCUUCUCUUCAGGAGCAACCUUCCCCUCUGGUGAAAGUAAGUCAACGACGCUUCAGGAGAGGUUACUGAGGGAAGCUGCAGCUUUCAUCAUCACACAUCAGAUACCAGCCUUUGUGGAGUAUUGCUUACAAAGCAAUGAGGCACCAAUGGAUGGAGCUUCUCUAAAACGGGCGCUACACCAGAAAGGCAUCAACCUCCGGUAUCUGGGCCAUGUGAUCAAGAACAUCAACCAGUCGGAACACAAGGAGUGUCUGAGGCAUAUAACGAGAUCAGUCAUAGGUGAAAUUUUCAUCCGUUCAACAAGAAGAGUGUUCAACAAUUUCCUCCAGGGUGUGGACGUGCCUAGUCUCUCUGCAGCUGUCAGUCACUUCCUCUGCUGCCUGUUGGUUCCCCACUUCACUCCCACUCCUGUGGGGGAGGAGACUAAAAAGAAGUCAAGGCGGCGUGGCCGAGGGGCCGGGGCCUCUGAAAGCACGCCCUGGAGCACGCUCACGGGGGCUGAGCUGUGGAACCAGGUCUGCCAGGAUGCUGCUGAAACAUAUAACAUCUCUGACAGCCUUGGUUCUGGUCCAAACCAUCUGGUGGAGCACUAUGGCCUGCAGAAGCUCUCUUUGCUCAGAGAGUUCUGUUUAAAGACUGGAGUACAGUUGAGACUGAGAGACUACGUCCUCGACAACCAAAAUAAAGCUCCCAUUGGUCCAGACGAUGUCCUCAACAUCCUCCCUGUUGUCAAGCACAUUCAUAUGCCGACUGUGGAUGCUACAAAAGCACACCGAGCUGCACAGAGCUUCAUUCAAAAGGGUCUGCUGGAUCAGGCCCAUGAACACCUGAAAGAAGCAACCUACCUGUUUGGUAGGGUGUGUGAUGACCUGCACCCUGAGGCCUGUUACUGCCACAGCCUGAUGGCCAAGGUGGCCUUCGUGCAGGGGAAGGCAGCAGAGGCUCGCAGUGUCCAGCUCAAAGCAGUGACCAUCAGUGAGAGAGUGCUUGGCUUUGACCAUCCAAACACCAUCCUGCAAUAUGCCCUCUUGGGUGUGUAUGUGUUCGCUGGAGGAGAGAUUGCCCUGGCCCAGAAGUGUUUCCUCAGAGCUCGUCUGCUAAUGCUAACCGUCCAUGGAGAGGACCAUCCCUAUACUGCAACACUGGAUAGCUGUCUUGGGUUGGUGCUGACUGGAGAUCAGAGAGGGCAGUUCUUAAAGAACGCCCUCAGACUCAACACCUCCUUCUUCGGCGCCUCAGGUCUGCACACUGCUCUCAGCCAUCACCUGUUGGCCCAGUGGAUGUGCAGCAAAGGUGACUACAGAGGUGCCAUGACCCACGAGAAAGAAGCCCUCACUGCUUACACCGCCAUGUUCGGGGAGGAUCACACUCAGACACGCUGCAGCAAAGAGUUUCUGUGCACCAUAACCAAGCAGGCAGUGAAGGUGGAGCGCUCUCUCAGACAGGCAGGAGCUGACAGCACGGAGCAGGCAGUGGAGUGUCUAACCUCCUCAACUGACACUGUGCUGGAGCAAUUGGUUCUGGUGACAGGCAUCAAGAGCAUCACACACAGAGACGGGCUCCAGGAGUACAGGAGAAAACACAACGAACUAAAGGAAGCAGUGAGAAAAGAACUGGGACUCACAGUGUCUAACGGGCGCAUCAUCACAGAGACUGUAAUUGGAGAGGAGAAGAACUCCGAUCAAGAAACAGGAAGCGGGAAGGAAGCUGAGGAUGGAGGAAGCCCAGCAGUGGAGAAAACCAGCGAGAGCCAACAGGAGCAGCCAGUGGAAGAGAACGUGGCGGUGGAGAGUGCUGCCGUAGUUUCAGCUAAUGGUGAUGUGGUGGAGUCAGCUGAAGAGAGCCAGCAGGAGGAGAAAACAGAUGUAGAUGGAAAAGACAGUGACAGAGCAGCCGCAGAUGCUGAGGUCAAGGUAGUGAAUGGGGAGUCAGAGGUCAGGGCUGCAGGAGAAGAAACUGACACCAGUGCACCAAAUGAAGUAAACACCAGCACAGCCAAUGGGGAGGUCAAAUCUGAUGUAACAGCUGAUGAGAUGAAGUCAGAGUCAGGCGAGGUUAAUGGUGAAAUUAAUGGAGCCUCUGACGCUGCUGUGAGCCCGACAUUCCUUAAGAGUAAAGGCACCUGGGCAGAUGUGGUUUCAAAGGCCAGUGGAGCAGGAAACACAGCAGUCAAUGGAGUAGCAGGUAGUGUCACUGCUAACGGAGAAGCUGAGGAGUAAAGACAUAUAACAGAAGAACAGUGUUGUAGUCGAGUUUUUCCACGUCACUGCUGUAAGAUAAAACUCUCCCAGGAUCCAAGAUGUAUUUUAGUCCAGUGAACAUGAAGCAGGUAACAGAGAUGAUGAGUAUUACUUUGAGUUGGAGAUGUUAUUGCUGAUGCUGGGAGAGGGCUGUACUGAGUGCCAUUUUUUUCCAACAAUAAACUUUUUAUUCUGGUUUACCA